AUGGCCGACGGAGCAGCCAAACCCAGCAGCAGCGUCAAGUUGGUGUUGCUCGGCGAAGCUGCAGUGGGAAAGUCAUCGCUUGUCUUGAGGUUUGUCAACAACGACUUUCAAGAGAACAAGGAGCCGACGAUAGGGGCUGCCUUCCUGACGCAAAAAUGCAACCUGCCGGCCCGGACCAUCAAGUUUGAAAUAUGGGACACUGCGGGACAAGAACGCUUCGCCUCGCUGGCGCCCAUGUACUACCGCAACGCACAGGCCGCCCUCGUCGUCUACGACCUCACAAAGCCGACAUCACUGAUCAAGGCAAAGCACUGGGUCGCUGAGCUGCAGCGCCAAGCGUCCCCGGGCAUCGUGAUCGCGCUCGUCGGAAACAAGCUCGAUCUGACGAGCGACGGCGGCGACGCGGGCGGCGACGAUGCCGAUGCUGACGGCGCGGGCGGCGACUCAGGUGACGCCCGCAAGAUACCGACGGAGGACGCCAAGGCGUACGCGGAGGAGGAAGGAUUGUUGUUCUUCGAGACCAGUGCCAAGACGGGAUUCAACGUCACCGAGGUCUUUACGGCCAUCGCCAACGCGAUCCCGGAGACGUCUCUCAAGAGCGCGAGGGGCGCCGGUGCCAGUGCUGGUGCUGGUCGCAGUGGCGAGCAGCAGAGCGUCAGCCUAGGUGGCCCACGGGAAGUGGAGGGCAAGGACGGGUGCGCGUGCUGA